AUGGGGACGCCGUGCCCGGUGCCCGCGUCAGCAGGCGUGUCGCGACGGCCAUGGCGAGAAUCACUGUUCAACGAUCUGCCCGGCGGUGAUGACACGACAACCAACAUUGAAUUCACGUCGGCGUUUGGGAGGCCCAAGCCCCAGGUACCGGCGAAGGCGAGCUUACAGUCGUCGUUGAUGGGUGGGAAGCCGCGGAGGACGAAUGUUGGAAGGAAGGGGGGGAAUGGUGGGUUGGGAUUCACGAUUUAUGAUGAUGACGAUGACAAUGUCGACAAUGCGGUUCGAAGUGUCGGAACAAGACUUGCUCCUGCCAACACGCUGACUGUGCCUGCAAAACGAGGCGUGAUGGCCCAGCCGCCGCAGCGGCCCAAGCAUCGUGUUUCUUUUAUGCAACCUCCUCCUCCUUCUUCGAGUGAGGUCGAGGUCGCUGGACCUCUAUUAGUCAGAGAGGAUGUUUCGAACCUUCGCUCGGUUCAGAGGCAGAGCCAGUCUCGGCGGAUAUCUCAGGUUCCACCGCGACGGCCGGCCAUGAGAGACGAUAGCGCGAGGAACGAGACUCAGAAGCAACCGUAUCUGCAGCAGCCGUGUCUGGCGCCUUUGCCCGAAGACAUGGACUUGACGAUGCCGGCGAUGGAUUCUACGAUGACGAUCCUGAAGCCUGCGCGGCGCGGGACGAUCUACAUCCCGAACGAGGACACGACCAUGCCGAGCAUGUACAUGGGCAUUUUCAGUCCGAUCAAGGACCUCGAUACCCGUGCUAUCGUCGAAGCAGCCAAUGUGCCAGACUCCGAGCUCACCGGCAUCGCGGCGCAGAUGGCGAAGAAGCGGGCACCCGCACGUCGACAGUCCGUCAUAGCGGCUUCGCCAAAGCGAAUGGGCGGACCGUUGCAGACUGUCUCUAGACCAGUGCAGGAAUCAGCUGUGGUACAGGAUAGAUUAGGACAAGGAGCCGGGAAGGAAAAUGUCCCACCCGGUCAGAGUCGGAUGGGAAGACUGGUAGAAAUGGAGAAGAAGAAAGAGAGCAUGAAGCCGGCGAAGAGAAUAUCGGGUGUUGUGCAGAAGAACCUGAGUGUGGAACACCGAUCGCUGGCGGACAGUAUGGCCAGCUUGAGCUUGAAUCUGGAGCCCGUCAGGCACUCCAGCAGACUAUUCGCGCCGACGACGAGCUCGUUGAGCAAGGCAGCGGAGCGACCGAUACACAACAGCAACGUGGGUGUCAAGACCAGUUGGAACGCCGGGCUGAAAGCCCGCACCGCACAGGAUGCAGCUCCCACUACAAAGAAAUCACCACCUCCCAAACCCAAAGUACCAGAGCUGCGACAAGAACAAGUGGUCGUCUCGAAGAAAGCGAGCGUCCCGAGCCGCUUCGUCGUCCCCACAGCCAUGAUCAAGAACGAAUCUGUUCUCCCACUCCCUGCUCCCCAAACAUAUCCGGUCCUAACAGAGAACCUCGUGACGCCAUCCAUGUACGAAGACAACUGGCUGCAGCACCAGGAAAUCGCCAUGACACAGCUCGUGAACAGCCUGUUCGACACGUCCGACCCUCCAGCGGAUCAUGAGCAAGCCGGCGCAGACGGCGGGAUGCUGCGCGUGCGCCUGCUCGAGAUGUACGGCAACGCGGAGAGUGCAUUGCUCUUCAAGCGGCUCCAGGCCGCGCUGAUGUACGGUGCAUUCCGUGCGCCGGUGGAGGGGUCGGCGGGCGCGGCCAAGUUGAGCUGCGAUGUCGGCAAGCGCAAGGCCUUUACGGACCUGUGGCUGACGACGUAUGAACUCGGGUGCUUGACGGCCGCGCUCGAAGCCGUCGUCGGUCGGAGGUGUGGUGGUGCGUCGCGAUUUGCGUCGCCAAGGGCGGCGGCAGCGAGGAGCAGGAAGGAGGGAAGUGGUGCGAGUACCUGCGAUGAGGAACCCCGAAUGAAUCGUGUGCGUCAGUCGUUGCGACGGUUCAUCGAAAUAUUCUUGAUUCGCAAUGAGGAUGGAGAGCUCGAUGAGGCAACGUCUUCGUCCUCAACGGCACAUGCAUCGUGGUCGUACCAGCGGACUAUGCUUCGAAGUCUGAUGCUGAUCAAGUUGUUGGACGCUGCGCCAAUCGGUGGUUGUCUGUUUCAAUUAUCGUCAAGUUACAAGUCAUCUCUCAGUCUAAUACAAGCACUGUUUCAGAUGCUUAAUCCCAGCGCGGGGGAUCCGACUCGAGCACUCGGGCACGUAGGUUAUAGCGUCUACCGUGUCCAGCAUCCUCUUGAAGAGUACAACUACAGGAUACAGAACCUUGCGGUGGACCUACGAGACGGAGUACGGCUGACCAGACUUGUUGAGGUGCUCCUUCUUUCAGGCGAUGACUCUCCACUCGAGGAAGCAGAACAGCAACAGAACCGGCCCGGACGGCCCCUGUCUCAACAACUCAAAUUUCCAUGUCUAGGCCGAGCCACCAAGAUUCACAAUGUGCAGGUGGCGUUGGAUGCACUAUACAACAUCCAAGGCAUGGCAGCCCUGACACACGACAUCGCAGCUGAUGAUAUCGUCGACGGAUUUCGAGAGAAGACCGUGAGACUUCUUUGGGGAUUGACGAACAAGUGGGGGCUAGGAGGGCUUCUUGACUGGGAAGACGUCGAACGAGAAAUCAAGAGAAUUGGUCGCUCAAACAGUGGCAUGGAUUGUGGCGGUCAAGUAUAUUUCACCAACGCCUUGGUGGGAGAGGAAGAUGGAUGCUCCAGGUAUAGAACAUUGUUGGUUUCCUGGGCGCAAGUCAUUGCCCGUAAGAGGGAGAUAAGUGUCAGCAAUAUGACAACUAGUUUCGCUGAUGGGCUGGUGUUCGAAAGCAUUGUGGACGAGUAUCAGGAACACAUCAUCGGCAACCACCGACGAACCGAUUGCAAGCAUCUGUCUGAACGACUCAGGGGUCUAGGAUGCAGCGAUCAAUUUGCAGGCCUGUUCUCACCUUCAUCUUCGUCAUCGAACCGAACACACAUCUUUGAUCAGGAUUUUGUCAUGGCGGCAUUAGCAUUUCUGUGUUCCAGAUUGCUUGGACCAUCAAGGAGUUCGAGAGUUGCAGUGACGAUUCAAAGGGCUUGGCGAACGCGCUGGGGGCGUGUCUUGCAGGGCCGCAAAAGUCAGUUGAAAAUGAUGGCUGAAGGUUGUGCAUCUUUGGUUCGUGCGAAUAGAAGACAGGUUCUGGAUGGGGAUGAGUGUCAGAGUGAAGACCUACCCAUUGGUAACACGUUGAACACCGCCCCUCAAGGCAAGGAUGGCGAGGCUGCGGCCAAGACUGAGACUGCGUAUGACACUGACAGGACGAUCACGAUAGAAGUGUCGAUGUCGGUGGAUGAGAAAGUUGACGAGCCCGAGGGUGACAUCUGGUUGAGUCUUUGA